UCUGGUGGAAAAGUUUUGUCUCAUCAACAUUAAUUGUAGAAAUUAAAUUGUUGUUGUUGUUUUAAAUCUCAAAUUAAUUGUGAUUUUUGAAUUGAUUUUUUUAAUUGUUUAUCGGCGGAAACGAACGUUUUGUAAAUCAACAUGAGCCGUGAUUAUGGUUAUGAUUAUGAUUAUGGAAAUGAUUAUGGUUAUGGUUAUGGAUUACAUUCUGGUGAUCCAAGGCAAGAUUUAGAGUAUGAGAAAAAUUAUAUGGGCUCUGGUGGUGGUGGAGGCGGUGGAGCUUCAAUGGCCGGUGGCGGAUCUGGAUUCAAUGUUCCUGAUGUUGUUCAUGAAUUUCUUUUGAGAUUGUACAAAGCAAUUACUGAGAGAAAUGUUUUCGAGAUUCAUAAUCUUUAUGAGAAUACAUUUCUUCAAUUGACUGAGACUUAUUAUAAAGAGAGACCCUGGCCAACUGAAGGUGAAGUUGUUCAUGUUGUUGGUGAAAGGGAACAUUUUAAAACUUUCAUCAUCUUCUAUAAGGAAUUGUAUUUCCGUCACAUUUAUGCCAAAUGUCAGCCAACAAUUGAACAACGAUUUGAAUCAUAUGCCAAUUAUUGUGCUCUUUUCAAUCUAUUGUUGAAUGAUGAAGAACCUGUUCCCUUGGAGUUACCCAAUCAAUGGUUAUGGGAUAUUAUCGAUGAGUUUAUCUAUCAGUUUCAAUCUUUCUCGCUUUAUCGUAUGAAAGCAAAUGCUGGUAAACUUUCUGAAUAUGAAGUGGAACAAUUAAAGAUUAAUGUUGCCAUUUGGAAUGUGCACUCGGUUUUAAACGUGUUACAUUGUCUUGUUGAUAAAUCAAAGAUCAAUGAACAAUUAAAGGAAUACAAUGCUGGCCGAGAUCCUGAUUUGGUUGCCGAUGAAUUUGGUCGUCAAACUAUUUAUAAAAUGCUUGGUUAUUUCUCUUUGAUUGGACUUCUUCGAUUACAUUCAUUGCUUGGAGAUUAUUAUCAAGCAAUUAAAGUUGUCGAAAAUAUUGAUCUCCAUCGACAACCUUUACAAAAUCUUUCUGUUGCUCGAGUUUUAGCUUGUCAAACAACAACUUUCUAUUAUGUUGGAUUCGCUUACAUGAUGAUGCGAAGAUAUGCCGAUGCGAUUCGAACCUUUUGUAAUAUUCUAUCAUAUUUACAAAGAACUUUACAAAGAGGUCAAAUUUAUCAACAAUUUAGAACUUUUCAAAUGGAUUUAAUUGAUAAACAAACCGAUCAAAUGUACGCAUCGCUUAAUAUUUGUCUCGUUCUACAUCCACAGAGAAUUGAUGAAAGUAUUCUGUCAGUAUUACAAGAGAAAUUUGGUGAUUCGAUGAGUAAAAUGCAACGAGCUGAUUUGAAAGAGUUCGAGGCUGCAUUUAGAUUCGCUUGUCCUAAAUUCUUAUCUCCUGUUGUUACAAUUGUAGAACCUGAUAUAUCAGGUGAGACUCCAGUUCGAAUUGACCCAUGGAAUCAGCAACUUCGUGUAUUCAUGGAUGAAAUUUCUCAACAAAUUCAAACUUUGAUUAUAAGAAGUUACCUUAAGCUUUACACCACGAUGCCUAUGGCAAAAUUGGCCGCUUUCCUAGACACUGACGAGGACACUUUAAGAGUACAAUUACUCUGUUUCAAGCAUAAAAUGCGUAAUCUUGUUUGGAAUCGAAAUCAAGGAAAUUCUGGUCUAGAAGGAGAUUUCGAAUCAGGUUCUGAUGUAGAUUUUUACAUAGACAAAGAUAUGAUUCUUGUCGCUGAUACAAAAGUUGCUCGUCGAUAUGGAGAAUACUUUUUACGACAAAUCCAUAAAUUUGAAGAGCUUUAUCGAAUAGCAAGUUCUAUCCAACGAACCACCUCAAUCUAAUUAUAAUAACCAUUUAUAAUUAACUCCAAAAAUUCAAACUUUACUUUGGAUAAACAACUAAAUUAAAAGUGUUUCAAUUUCUAAUGCUAAGAGAAGAAGAAAAAAAUAAAA